AUGGUCGAUUUGUGGCGUGUUGUGGACACAUUUCGAGAUUUUGGUCUGCAUCAAAUCACCGAGAACAAUGCCACUCUGGACUAUGCCAGUACUGGCCGCCUCCUUUCUCGCAUCUACUCACAUCUGAACGGUGCACCGGAUCCGAACUCGGGUAAACCGCCCAGAAAUUUAGACAUGGCCUCUGUACACAUGGCUGUGGAACUGUUACUGGGUUGGUUGGCNUUUGUGCAACCGGACGUCUGA